CCUCGACCUUCAGCCCUGAGUUUGAGGAUGGCUCCCUCUUUCAGGGCCUGUGCGGACCCAUCGUCCACUAUUUCUCUGUUGUCAUGACCGCACUCUGAGCCCCCACCUUUGACCCAGGAACCAGCUGUUGACGGUGAACCUCGAAUUGACUGCCAUAGUAGCACCCCAAGGCACCGUCGGGGAAGAAGGACAGCUUGUCAAACUGGACUUUCCUGUGGAGAAAGGCAAAUACAGCUCACUGUCCGUAAAUACCACUCACUUUCCCUGAAACAGCUUAUGGGCUUUGUACACCUUUUCUCUCUGUAUCAGGACCACCACGUUCUCUGCAAUCUUACAGUCAGUCAUUCUUCCACGCUGUUUCGGAAGUGCGCAUGCGCGUGAACUCUCACGCUUUUGGCUCUGGGGAAGACGUUGGUGGAAACGUUGGUCGGCGAAGGAUCUAGUUCAAUCUUUGGACAAGAUAAUGUAGAAAUCGGCUGCAGAAGUGCAACAUAGUCUGGUCGGGUCACACGUGUGACUCAUCCACACUUCUCUGCAUCCGUUAGGGUGUAAGUGUAGAGGAUGCCUCCUAAGUUUGAUCCCAACCAAGAGUACAUAGUGUACCUGAAAGCAGUCGGUGGUGAGGUUGGGGCUACCUCUUCCCUUGCUCCUAAAAUCGGACCUCUCGGUCUGUCUCCUAAGAAGGUGGGAGAGGAUGUGGCCAAGGCGACAAAGGACUGGAAGGGGCUGAAGGUGACGGUGAAAUUGGUGGUGAAGAACAGGCAGGCAGCCAUUGAAGUGGUGCCCACUGCUGCCUCACUCAUCAUUCGGGCUCUCAAGGAACCACCACGAGACAGGAAGAAGGUCAAGCACGUGAAGCACAGUGGAGACCUGACGUUGGAGAAGAUCAUUGACAUAGCCAGGACCAUGAGACCACGCUCGAUGGCUCGCCACCUCUCUGGUACUGUGAAAGAGAUUCUUGGCACAUGUCAGAGUGUUGGCUGCACCGUGGAGGGUUCUCACCCUCAUGACAAGGUGGACGACAUCAAUGAUGGGACCAUCUCCAUUCCAGAUGAGUGAGUACUUUGUCACAAAUUGAUGUUGCUCAUGAAAUUGUUUUAUUGUGUAAGAAUCGAUGAUUAUUGUUGAGCACUGAUCAAAAUC